ACGCUCAGCGUGCGCCCGCUCCUGACUCCGCGCCAUUUUCACAAUCCAACCGUCGCGACACGUUCCAUUUUCAAAUUCAAAUUGACAGAUUUUUUAUGGAAUUUUAGUGUGUGCAGUGACGUGUUGUGCUUCAGAAAGUGCGGCUAUUUCAUAGUUUAUUUUUAGUCUGUGUUUUUUAUUGUGUUAUACAGUUUGAUGGUUGAAAAAAUAUUGAAAAUGCGAGUUGAUUUUGAUUACCUGUUAAGCUGAGAUGAAGACUCCGAAAGACACGUGGCUGUCGUCACUUGACCCCUUAAAGAGAACAACAUUUCAAAGCGUCGCGAUGUGGCCGCGAAGGUGGUAGAGGUCCGGAGGGCGGCCGGAUGCGGCGCGCGCGUACCGGCCCGCCCGCCGCCUCGGUCACUUAGCGCCGCCCGCGCACCCCCCGCGCACCCCGCCGCGCUGCUACUAUGCGCAUGGCAAGCGUGCUCUCCACUCUGCUCGCGGUGCUGUGUGGUGCAGUGGCGGACGCGGGCGACGUGAUAGCUAACGUGAGCCGCGUGCGCCGCGCGCCGCAACCUCACUACUCGCACCGCGUGUUGACAGACAAGGACGACAUGAACUGGAAGCGGUUACAUUGGCGACAGAUGCAGAUGAUCCUCCAGACGGAGGGAGCCCAGAAGGAGGGGCAAUUGAAGGACCCACAGAAAGAGGGCGUCGAAUGCUGUCCCUCCAUCCUAGACGUGGUCUACAAGAAAGGCGGCAGAAACCGGGACGGCCUCUACGUAGAAUUGUACGAAGACGGCGAAAACCACCAGAGGUUCUUCGAACUGUCGUGUGCCCCAGAAGUGGUCGACAAACCGUGCCGCUUCGUCGACGCGCGACUCUACAACGACUCUAGAUGUAUCCAAACAUACUCGUAUUCGUACGCUCUGGUCCGAAGUCCGUCGGAUACGCCGCAGCACCGCUCUGAGCGGCCCUUCUCCGUGCCCGGCUCAGGCGGCUGGACCAUGGACUUCGUGAGAGUGCGUGCCGGUUGUGAGUGCCAAAUAAAACCACCGAAGAACAUUCGCAGACGACACAAGAAGCGGAAACGAAAUAGGCGUAUAACCGAGGAUGACGAGACCUGAUUGUGGGCUUGUGUUUGUGUAAACCAGUGGAACUUUGGACUACUUCACAUAUUUAGUGUGUCGCGGGCGUGGUUGCGGUCGGGGGCGCGUCUCGUCCCUCCCGCCGCAAACACAUCUGUCAGAAUGUUACCGAUACAAUAUCAAGUGUACUUGGUGCAAUUGUCGGUAUAACGAUAUUUAUUUUUGGCAAUUUGUAUAUUUUAAUUACGCUUUUCGUCAUAGUCCCGUAGGUAGUCGAUCUUAUGAGGAUAAGCGCAGUGCCCUGUUUAGUGCCUUAAAGUUUUUGGAUUACAUUAUUAAUUCCAAUACGUAAUUACGUAAAAGUAUUAUGUACGAGCAAGCGGCGCGCGGACGAGCAUGGCGUAAACAGAGUAAAAAAUCUCAAGUGAGAUGUUCGCGCCCGCAGCGCCUGCUUAAUGUCUAUUUUGUAGUAAUUUUAACAGUUACCGAGUGUGAUCGAGAUGCAAUGCUUCCACUUCGCCGACUUCACUACGUGUAUUAUCAGAUUUAAUUUUAAGCUAGUUACAAUUACACGCAGUCUGUGAUUUUCUUUUACGUCAUAACAUGUCCGGGGAGACGCGUAGUGAGGUUGUGAUAUCAAGUUGUAUCAAACAUAAAUUGGAAUUUAUAAUAUAGUGACAUCUAGUGGGUAGUGGAAAAAAUAUUAAGCUUCAUAUUUUUAUUGUUUCCAUUAACAAUUUAAUAACGAUAAUAAUAUUAUCGCAGUAAACGUUUGAUACGACUUUAUAAUCACAGUUUAAAAUCGUUCCACUGACUAUAAUGCUCUCUUUUCCCAUCUUAAGAUUAAGAAAUAUUUAUUCAAAGUUAACAACUUUAUGAGUUUUGUUAUUAUUUUGUAACAGUACUUACUUUUAGAACAUAAGUGCGUCGAGUCAAAGAUCUGUAUUAUUUCUAUUUUGUAUUACUUUUAUUUUAUUUAAAAAUGUAGUUAUCGUUAAGGAUUAAUAUCAUUUAUUUAUACUGUUUAAUACGAGGUAUUCCCAUAUGCAGUAUGAAUGUUAGUUUUAACUUAGAAGUCGCUUCCAUAAAUUUAUAUUGGUGUACAUAUAAUAUAUGACGCAAUAGUAUUGUGGACUGAGAUUAUUUUGUGCAUUUAGAUGUUACAGCGGAACAAGAAAUAUUUUUAUGUUAACUUACGUCAUAUAGUGAUGAGCGGCAAACUAAAAAAAAUAAUUCUGCAGCUUCAUAUGAUAAAGUUAUUCGCAUAUUUAAAGCUUAUUAAAAUUGCUAAGUAAUUAAUGAAAUAAUGAUAUUGUGAUUUAGAAAACGUAUAUACCAUAAAUAUUACUAGCGCCAUCUAUUGUGGAGUAGUAAGAGACAGUACUUCAUUAUACAAAAUAUAGAUGUCGCUUUGUUAUACAUGUAAAUUACCUAUUGCAGAGUAAUUCAGUGCCAUUGUAUUUUUUAUAAGGAAUACAUUAUUUCCCCUUUUUCUAGAUUUUCGGCAAAUUAUGAUAAUUUUUGAAUUCAAAAAGGAUAAUUAAUAAAUAACUCAUUAUUGCGUGUCUAAAUAUCUUGUGAAAUUACUGUUAUCUGAAGUUUACCUAAUUAAAAGUAAGACAAGGUAAUAAAUUGUUAUAUAAUGUCAUGAAACAUAAAAUAUUAUGCAUUAUUUUUCUGCUGGUGACUUUCCGUCUAGACGUGUAUGUAAUUAAAAUAAUAAACCUAUCUUUCAUCAUAACAUUGAGAAAAUAAGAUCAAUUAAAAAGUGCCUUACAUGUUACAAUUAUAGAAUUCAUAAAUUUAUAUUCUCAGUUCAAUAUAUUUUCCGAAUAUUUAUAUACCACGAAUUUGUACAUAAUAUAAACGUAUAAUAUGUUAAUAAUAUGAACUCAAAUGACAUCACAGCAGCUGUACGUUAUUUUAUUGUUGACAUCAAAAAC